AUGCUGCAACCGUGUGUGUGGCGCGCGACGCAUGCACCCCCGAGCCGCGCCGAGAGUCUCGGCGGCGGCUUCGGCCUGCAGCGCGACCGCUUCAUGAGCUACCACGCCAUUGGCAAGCGCGUGCUGCGCUGGGAGACACCGGUCCACGAGAGUAGCGCCGACAAGCCGGCGUCCGGCAAGGCGUCGCUCGCGAUCGAGCUGCCGGGUACGUUGCAGCGUCGUCUGGCCUGUACGAUCCACCGCUACUGCUACAAGAUCGAGCCGACGCUCUUCUCGAUCGAAGGCCGGGACGAGGUCGCGUUCGCGAUGAGCGCGCUGCCGCUCCAGACGUCGAUCAACGCCGUGUGCUGGCUCGACGAGUGCAACGUGGUCGUGGGCGACGACGACGGCGCCAUGAUUGCGAUCAACGUCGGUCUCUCGAUCUUUGGUCACUCGCAUGCGUCGUUCCACGAAGUCGCGCUCACAGACCACGUCGGCUUCCAGUGGCUCUGA